CUACGCUUUGACGUGGAGUGUAUGACGAACGGGGAAAUAAAAGUAAACAACGCCUAGGAUAACGAAAAUGGUUUUUGGCGUUAGUCCCCCAAGCUUAGACGGAACCUGUGAUUUUUCUGAGGCUUUGUUGAUCAUGUAUGAAGGCUUUGUUUUCCGAUAAGGACAGAGGCAGGCUGAAAACUGAUUUAGCUAUGUUAGCCAUCAGAUCGUCAGAGGAGGAGUCCACUGAGAUUGAGGAGAUGGACACCUCAGAGCCCAACUGGUGCUGGUUCUACUUGGCUGAGUGUGGAGUGUGGCAUAUGUUUGAGAUUGAUCCCAGUGCAGCCUGCUCUGUAACCAGCGCUCAGAUUGAGCAGUGCUACAACAGGAACCAGCGUGGUGUGAUGGAGUUUUACACAGCCAAGUACACAUACAGACUGGACUUCUCAGUUAUGCGACAGAUAAAUGUAACAACAGGAAAGCAACGGCCGAUCAAACGCUCCCUCCACUCUGCAACUGGAUUUAGGUUUAUUUGUGAUAAUCUCGCUUUGCCUGUUCCCUGUCACUGGGAGAGAAUAAACACAGAUGAGCCCUAUCAGGAUCAGACACUCAGACCCUUUGAAUGGAGACCCAGUCCAGACUUCUGUACAGAGGUAAGUGGGAUCUUAACAGGCUUUAAAGGGUAGAUGGGGCUAUUGUGCCUAAGAUGGGUGAGUACGAACAAGCUUGAAGUGACUUUUUGUGCACUAUUGCAUUAAGAUCUGGUGACUGUGGAGCCCAUUUGAGUACGGUGAACUCGCUGUCAUCUUCAUUAAACCAAAUUAUGGAAAUUAGGAAAAUCUGACCUUUGUGACAUGGUGUGUUAUUCUGAUGGAGGUAGCCAUCUGAGGAUGUGUACACUAUGGUCACAAAGGGAUGAACAUGGUCAACAAUCAAUACUCAGUAUGUCUGUGGGAUUUAACUGAUGCUCAGAUGGUACCAAGGGGCCCUAAGUGUGCCAGGAAAAUAUCAAAUUACACCACCAACAAUAGCCUGCACAGGCUCACCAAAUUUGGCAAGCCUGUGCAAAUUGUAACCUCCAUUUCCUGUUCUCAGCUGACAGGAGUGGCACCCUGUGUGGUCUUAUGCAGCUGUAGCACAUGUGCUUCAAGUUCAAUGUGCUGUCUGUUCAAAGAUGUUCUUCUGCAUACCUUGGAUGUAAUGAGUGGUUAUUUUUUACCACUGUCCUGCUGUCAGCUCAAAGCAGCUUGGCCAUUCUCUUAUAACCUCUAGCAUCAACAAGGUAUUUUCAUCCAGAUAACUGCUGCUCACUGGACGUCUAUAUGCCUAUGUACAGAGUCCCUGUCACGUGACUGGUCUGUUAUAUAAUUACAUUAAUGACCAUUUGAACAGGUUGUAAUAUUUAAAGAAAUUAGGUCACUGCUGAACUGUAUAUAACCAUCAUCCUUAUCAUUACAUUAAUUAUCAUUUCAUCAAAGCAUUUAUUGAAGCUGUUGGCAUUAUGUUAUAAUUAGUAUUACAGGGGUUAUCAUAAUUAAAUAUUAACAUGUUUAUUACAGGUGCAGUUAUAACUACUUUAAAAUGAUUGAGUUAAUAUAUAUAUAUCAUAACUCAUAGCCUGAGUAUAUUGUUACAGUAAAAUAGUAGCUGAGCAAAGGCCUGAAUGUAUUCAGCUUCUUGUGGUAUUUGAGUUUGCUUAGUUACAGGUGACGAAAGGAUGUCCAGUCCAUGGCCUGAGAUCUUUACCAUAUUUGGAUGGAUGGGGAACUUCUGUGUCUGCAGUUAUCUCUUAAAAUACAUGGAUGUUCUCUACAUGCAAAUUAUGUGCUUGUAAACGCAUGAGGGGGCGUUACAAUACCCUGAUGUUAUAAAAGCAAUCUAGAGUGUAUUUUGGGUAGAGAUGUACAACUGAUGUUUUGCAGUUUACACCUCUCCACGCUGCGUGCAUUCAUUAAAAUCAAUUGUUUGACCGACCUCUUCUGGACUAUCAUUGUUUUACUCUCGUCCUCAAUUUCGAACCCGUAACAUUUGGUGCAUUGGCCGAGGGUUGAGGGGGAGAAAGUUGGAGAUUGAGACCGAGAGGGUCUGAGGUGCUCAAACGGGCAGACACGAGUCAGUGGUCGAAGUGAGUGGACAUAAGCCGGCUUAUUCAAAGGUAAGGCACUACCUGUUGAAUUAUUUCCAAACUGUGCCAGAUUGACGAUUACAAAACUGAAAGUCUACUCACUGACAUUACUGGUAAAGGUCUGUUUUGAUUUUGGUGAAAAUCUCAUGAGAAUUGAAGUUGAACUAAUGAUAAUGUAAGGUUAAGUGACAGUACUGAUUAAAGGAAAAGCAGUUGGACUGCUACGAGGAUUUAAAUGCAGUUGGACUGCUAACGAAAGAGAAUUUAAAGUAGUUGGACUACUGAAUUUAGGAUUAUAGGUAAUUUGAAAUCUGUAUAUGGUAAUGCAGUUAUAAUUGAAUAUAAAGCUGGGCUUGGACAUCAAUGCAGUCGGUUUUGUGGUUUCAUAGGAUGUCUUUAAAAACAUAACGAAAUUUCUGUAGAACGGAACUGUGGGAUGUUCUAAGAAGUGCAUUGUUCGGAGGUGACGCUCCCAAUUUCCUGGGGACGCUCAGGAUUUUCCUUUGGAAGGGAUAGUCCGAUUGGCAAUCGUGGACAACUGAGGACGGUCCAAAAUAGCUACUGAUUGGAUCAGUUGACCGUUUGGAACGGUGUUUGCACUUUUUUGGGUAGCAAAGGUUGGACCUUGGGCGUUGGACGCUUUUAAAUUGACUUAGGAACUUUAGCAAUUAGACCAGAUACAGGUUGGACCUGAUACUGUAAUUGAUAAUCAAAAACUUGGAGUUUGUCCCUUGGAGGGUUAACUUAAAAUUUUGUCUAAAUUCUGUAGGGUACGCACUUUUAAGGCCUUGUAAAUAUGAUUUUUUAUAAGACGUCUGUGUGUCAUAUUUUCUAGUGUAAUGUUUAUGUUUGUAUAUAUUCUCUGUCUGCCACGGGCACUGCAGCAGGCUGGUUAUUUUGAGAGUGUGUCUGUGUCUAUGUAAAUGAGAUGCCUGUGACUUAUUUAGAGUGACAUUUCCUGUUUACUAAUGAGUGGCUAAUGACUGACUGCAGAGCCUGGGUUAAGGACGACUUGAAUUGGUCUUUUAAGGGAAGAAUUGCUUUUAUUUCUACUUUGUUGGCACUACGGUUGUUAGAUACGAUGACUACCUUAUGAUACAUGUAGAACUGGAGUAUGGGUUUUGCUUUAACACGUCCUUGAACGACGUAACACUUGUUGAAAGUAAUAGGAUUUGUGUUUUAUUGACUCUUUGUAAUCACACCGUGUUUUUUGACUAACAUUUUAUAACAGUUUGUGUAAAUACACAUGUUGGAUUCAGGGUAUUGUGUCGUUGAAUAUACAUGGACAGGGGAUGUUUAUGAUGUAACCUGUCGAUGUCACGCUGUGGUUUCAGAUACCCAUUACGGCUUUUUAGUAACUUCAGUAAUAAGGCGAUCAGAAGAAGCAUUAUUACAUUUUGCAUGUAGUAGUAUUGUUAUAUUUCGGGCCCUGGAAUUAUACUGUAGGCAGGAUAGAAAUCUAAAUCCCACUGACGCUGAUUGAAAACACAUAAGUAUAUGCACUUAGUACACCCACUCAAGAAAUGAUUGUGUGACUGAUGCUACAAAACUGACCUAAAGAAUGGUGAUGUGUGUGGAGAAGUGUUAGUUGUCCUGAUGUGUGAAAGAGCGCUAUUAAAAUGUGUGUGAGUGAAAUGAAGGCAUAUUGCUUUUAAAUAAAGAUUUAGUAGAAUUACUGAUUAUUUGUAGACUGUGAAAUUAAAAAAAAAGUCUCUGCAGAAGCUGUAGAAACAGGAAACCGUGUGUGUGUCUGGGACAGGAAAUGCAUGCCCAUAAAAGGGAAGCUCACGGUGACAAGUGUGCACCCAGAGUCGAGAGAGAGAGUUAACUGUGGGCAGAUGAAGCAAAAGGGAGGUUUUAAGAUAAACAAUGAAUAUGAUACUAAUUAUAUGCUUUAGUGUGUUAAUACAGGUGAACGUCUCUAAACCUGGAACCCUUGAGCACAGCAGCAAAAGCAUAGAUUAACACAAUUGGGAAAAACAGGCCACUCUUUGGCUUAAAAUUAUAGCUUCACCUGGCACUUUGUCCUUGACUCUGAGAAGAAGCUCAAAGGCCAGCUAAUCUCCUGAUGAAGACCGACAGAACAUGGUGGAUGAACAGGAGACAAAAGGAACCGAACUAUUAACACUGACGACGCCAGCAGCAGCAUGUAUGCAACAUGUACUGUGAAUUACAGGCUGGGCAGUUGAACAGUGGGAUAAAGAACUGUGGAAAAGCAUUGGGCACUGAGUUUCAUGUUUGCCAUGCUGGAAAGAGAAGACUGAAAGAUGGCUGGAGAAGAACAAGAGAGUAAAUGAAAACAAGAUUGACUGACGACUCCAGAAGCAGAAUGGAGGAAACCCCAUGAUAAAAUAUGCAGGGGGAACUGGAGGCUGGUCAAGAACAGUGUCAAAUGACUGGGGGGCACUGAGGCGAAGGAACUGAAUGUGGUAUUUUGCCAGACUGGAACUUAACGUAAAAGAAGAAGACGGAAAGAUCAAGACAGAGAAGAAACAGACUGUGUUUGCUUUGAAGGCCGAACAGGACAGUGGGAAGAGAGGGACCAAGGUCAGGUGAACCAGGACAAGUUUGACUGCGAGCAUAUAGGAUAUGAUUGGGUUGAAGUUGAACGCUGGACUCUCGAGGUUUUAGGGAUGUCCACCACAUCACAACAAAGAGGUAAACAAUACAAAAGGUAAAGAUAAUCAAAAUAACUGACAAUUAUAUUAAUAAAUAGAAAACACACAUAUACAAACUGUUACAUGUGAGAUUAUUUUCGAAACGAAUCAGAAGUGAGAUAGUUUGAAUGUAGAGCUCAGUGAAAAGAUGCAUAAACUAAAUAUGAAUACAUGAAAAUGUAAUGAAUACAUAAGGAUGUAUUCUUCAUUGUAUUUCUUCAUUGCAUGAGUGUAAGCUGCUUAGCUUACACUCAUGCAAUGAAGAAACUGCUUACACUUAAUUAAGAUGAUCACCUGGCAUGCAAUGAAGAAAACAGCUUACACUGCAUUUACAUGACAACAUAACGCAAGGAAGAACACGCUUACAUACAUGACGCAAUUGGUAUUUUUGACUAGAAAAAGAGAAAUGGGUGGUUUAGUGGGUCGUUUAGGCACCCGUGAUAAUAAUGCAAAUGUCUUAGUUUGUUAUUUUUAGGAGCAAAGCAGACCCGGACCAACUCUCAAGAUCCAGCAGUUGGAAGAAAAUUGUAGGUUAACGCCAAUGGAUAUGUUAAGGCAAGUCUCUGGUUGAAUUGUUCACAGAAUCAUGUGUCCAUGAACCUGGAAAACAGGCCCUAGCUCCUGGCUGAAGAUUAGGAGUGCUUAUUUAAGGUGGGAAAUUAAAAUAGAGGGUUAGUAAUUCGGGGAAAGAAAAAACUGACUGCUUAACUGGAGAAUUGGAAAGGAGUUUGAAAGACUGUGAAGCCAUAUAUGCAAAAUAGCAAACAUAAGCAUAUGCAAUGAAGAUCUGCUUGCUGCUUGUAUGAGUGAUAGAAUGGUGUGAAUGUUUAAUAAAGUAGUUUAAAAGGGUGACUUAGGAGUGCUCUUGCACUGAUUGAUAAAACAAGUGAUUAGUAUAGGAAGAAAAUGAAAAUAAUUGAAUAAUGUGAUAAGGUUUAAACAUGCAUUUAUCUUGUGACUGAGUAUGAAAAUUAGUUGGAGAGCUAAUGUGAGUGAUGACAGAGGAGCUUGCUGUGUGUGUGAUUGAGACCUUAGAGGAGAAGUAGACUGUUACGAGGUGAAAAUUUGAUUAAGAGGUUUAUAAAUUAGUGUUGACAUAUUGUGAGAACGUGCUUAUAUGUUUGGUUGAAUGUGAGUUUGGUAAAGUGCUUAAAGGGGGAUAUUGUGUACGAAACGGUGUAGCUUUUUACGUUUUGGGUGUGUUCUAUGGCUGAAAUUUAAGAUUGUUGAAGAUUUUUGAGGUUGUUGUUUUAUUUUUAAAGAGGGAGUUUUAAUAAACAUGGACAUGUUUAAGGGGUUUUGUAACAGUGCACUUAUAAAGAAAAAACCUGUCAGGUGAUUUUGUUUUGUACUUUGAUGAGCUAAUACUCAGCUCUCUUUUUUCUCAUUUUUGUUCUAAGCAGGCCUGCAAAAGACAACAAUGAAUAACGGCGCCGACAAUAGUCUCAGGAAAACAAAAAGUAAGGUGACCUUUUCCGAAUUACAAUGGGUCAGAUUGUGGGUCCCUGGCUAAGAGGAUUGCAGCGAGUCAAUCCAGUCCAAAAGUAUAAAGAACUAUUUCUUAAGAAACGAGUAAAAAGAAAAUAAAUGAUUAUAUAAAUAAACUGAGUUUGCUGAAGGUGGUAAAUCUGAUUAUUUGUGCGGAAGUCUACCAAUACCCGAUGUUAAUGCGUGUGAGUGAAUGUGUGGGUGAAUGGACGGACCAGGCAGACCAUAGGUUGGACCGACUGGACACUGACAAAAGACUGGACUAAGGUUGGACACAUGACUGAUAACUGUUCUGUUUUAAGUUUUCUUUUAUAACACAGGGUGGAUCAUAAGUGGGAGAAACUGAGUAUGAAAUGUGAAGUUCUGGUUAACACACAGGCUUUGUUUCUAGGACGUUUCAAGGAUGCAGGCUGUGGAUGGAGCCAAGAAGGGAUUUUGACAUGAUGAUUAAUUUGAUUUCAUUCCUUAAACACAGGUUUGAAGGCCCGGAGCAACUAUACCUAAUAUGAUAUGAUUAACUUUUCUUUUAAUUUCCUAACCUGAGUGAAGGAUUUUGAGUUUGUAACACAUGAGAUGUGUCACAAAAAGGGGGGUCUUAAUAUAUGCGAUUAGCUACAUGAAAUGUGCUCUUUUAGGGUUACUAAGCAAAUGUCUACGUGACCUUUACCUAAUAACCUUUGUGAUGAUAAACUUGUUUACCGACUUGCUCUCUUGUAGAACAUACAGACUUAGGAAAGGGGAACCUCAGCUCUGAGUGUAUUAGAGCUUGUAAUUAAAUGUGGGACUUGAAAAGAGGAAGCAAAUUUGGUACAGGACGUACUUGAGAUGAUCAGAUGAGAGAAGGAGAAGGUCAGGAAUAGUUUAAAGUA